UCUUACAAUAACUUAGUAUUCAAUACCCUUCUCUUCUUUAAGUAAGAAAAAUGAGUAACAACCAGGGAAGAUGCAGUUCAAGCCCAGUUAUAGCUGUUGCUUGCACUCUCGCUUUGUUCUUAGCUCAAUCGGAGAUCACUCAGGCAAAAACUUUCACAGUCGGUGAAGCUUCAGGCUGGAGUUUCAACGUUCAAAGUUGGACAAGGGGGAAAAAGUUCAAGGCCGGAGAUGCUCUUGUGUUCAAUUAUGAUCCAUCAGUGCAUAAUGUUGCAGUAGUUGAUAUCAAUGGCUACAACAGUUGCUCAGCUUCUCCAAGCUCUGCAGUUUACAGCAGUGGAAAUGAUGCAAUUAAACUAUCGAAAGGAAGAAAUUAUUUCAUUUGUAGCAUUCCCGGCCAUUGUGAUGGGGGGUUGAAGAUUGCUGUCGAUGCUGCUUGAAAGUGGAAACAAUGUGGAUUCAUCCAUGCCCAAUAAUCAAUCAUUAUUGUAAUCUUAAUCUACUUUAAUCUUGAAAGGUGGAUGUUGUGCUCUUAAUAAAUAAGAGGUUGUCUUUGAUUUUCUCUAUUC